UCUAUUAAUUUUUAUUUGUUGUAUUCCGGAAUUGUGGGUUUAUUCCAUUUUCUCUUACUUUUCCCACAGAAGGAUGUGAAAAAGAAUGUGAACGUCGCAGCACAACACGUUUUGCUGCUGACAUCAAAGCCGGAAAAGUUAAAAACAAAAGAUGUGGCAACAGUCACAGAAAUUCUAAAUGAAGUCAUGAAUGAUCCUAAACUUUUGGAUGCCCCGGCUUCUAAAUACGCAGUUCAAACAUUCUGUCAGACACUGGAAGCGAACCGUUCUAUCAUUAAUGAUCUACAGAAAAACCUAACAAGCUUGACAAAAAAGCUUGAAAAUCUGACAGUUUCUAAUCGUAUAAAAGAAACGUGUCGACUAAUGGCCGUGGAAUCAACUCCAGACAAUUCAUCUGGCCAUGGACUAGUUUCUUAUGGAAAUACUGAGAAUAUUAGUACCGCACUUUUGACUAAAAAUGACGACAAUCUCAUGAGUGAUUCCAAUGCGGACACAUACAUCUACAUAUCGAAUGGCUUACCCAGGCCUGCCACUAGCUAUGGAUUUGUUGUCUACAGGGAUGCCUCACUCUUUCCAACUCCUAAGAAUAAAAAUAGUAUUAUGUUGAAGACGCAAGUAAUUUCAGGCAGUGUUUCUAAAUCCACUCGAGACGAUAAACUGCAUGUAACAGUAAAAUUAAAGAAACUGGAGCUAAAUGAAGGGUUUUAUUUCGACAAAUCUGAAUGUGUCAACUGGGAUUACAAUCAAGUAGAAUGGAGUACAAAUGGGUGCACUGCAAAUAACACCGACAAAUCAUAUUUUACAUGUAAUUGUAACCAUCUGACCAACUUUGCAGUUCUCAUGUCUGUUAAAAGUAGCACCAUGCAACACUUAGACAUCAUUUCAUAUAUUGGAUGUACAUUGUCCAUCCUCGCACUUCUGGCAACCAUUAUUGCACCAAUCCUAAUGAGGGACUACCGUAGAAGUGUGACUGGGAAACUGCAGAUAAACCUAUCCAUUGCUCUCCUGGGGGUGUACAUCGUCUUCCUAUCUGGGUCAAUAGAUACUGCCUGGGCAGAAGCAAAAGCUCAGAAAAGUAACGAAAAGAGAAAUGAAGGGAAACAACCAAGCAACUUCUGUACAGCAGCAACAUGGUUUUUACACUUCUUCCUUUUGGCUUCCUUUGCCUGGAUGUGUGUGCAGGGAAUCGCAUUGUAUAGUUCGUAUAAGCGCCUUAUUCAGCACAUGGAGAGUAGCUACUUUACAAGAGUGGCUACAGGUGUGGCUUGGGGUGUGCCAGCUCUUAUAGCAAUUAUAACAAUUGCUGCAACAUAUCCAAAUAAGUACAGACAAGAUAAAAUCUGCUGGCUGCAUGUUCCCACUGGGAAUAGCAAUUAUUUUAGUGGAGAGAAUGUACUUUUAUGGGCAUUCUUGCUUCCAAUCUCUGUGAUACUGCUACUGAACAUGGUGAUCUUGGCUUGAUCAUGUCCAAGAUGGUCUGCAACCCGAAAAGCUUGAAGUCAUACAAAGGCGCAUUUAAGAAAACGCUUCGGAGGAAUUUGGCCAUCGUAUUCGCAAACACAGUGAUGUUGGGCAUGUGCUGGCUCAUUGGGUACUUCAUGCUCAUUGAAGCUACAAAAGAAUUUUUCAGCACAAUUUUUUGUAUUGUAAAUUCUCUCCAGGUAAGGGAAACAAUCAGAUUUAUAGUGCAUAUUGCUCUAUAAAUUAUCUUCAUAUCUUCAUAGAAGUUAAAACAUAAGCACGCUAAAAAUACUCUCUCAGCCCCGGCAUUCAGUUGUCAGCUUCUUUUGACAUCAACAUGCAAGAUGCCACAUUUCUGCUGCUCUUUACCUGUCCGAGCAAACAGCACCUUACAGCUAUUACACUCAAAAUUACUCCCGCACAGCUUCCAUUGUUGAAAACCACUGGCUUUCAUUCUAACACAUUUAAAAUUGCACUGUGGAUUUCCACCAGAAGAUAACAUGAUGCCGCAAACAUGCUUCAGAAUCUGCAGAGCACUGAAUUUGGAGUUCAUGAGCUCCUGUUCCAUUUUGAAGGCCAGGAAAUGUUAGGCUGUUCUGAUACCAGGGCGGCACGGUUGCACAGUAGUAGAGUUGCUGCUUAACAGCGCUUGCGGGUUUGAUCCUGACUAUGGGUGUUGUCUGUACGGAGUGUAUACAUUCUCCCCUCGACUGUGUGGUUUUUCACUGAGAUCUUUGGUUCCUCCCACACUCCAAAGACAUACAGGUUUGUGGGUUAAUUGGCUUAGUAUAAUUGUAAAUUGUCCCUGGUGUGUAUAGAACAGUGUUAAGGCCCAGCGAUCAUUGGUCAGUGCGGACUCUGUGGGCUGGAGGGCCUGUUUCCACGCUGUAUCUCUAAACUAAACUAACUUUUACAAAUGUGUGGGAGUAAUGAGUAAUUUAAGAGCCAAUGCAUCCUUUAAGUCCAAAAUAAGUCUUGUAUUGAUUAAGAAAAUCUUGAGAUGAUGGUAAACUGUGUGUAUAUUGAUCCUGAGUCACGAUUGAAGGUAUGUGAAAACUGGGAUAAAACUAUAAUGUUUUGUAUAACUCUGACAACUUUACAGCAAAAUGUAUCUUUAUUAUUCCCGGUUUAAUUCCAGAAAAUGAACACUUGAACUUAUAUUUAUUAAAAUAGUUAAUCGUCAUUACAUUAGAAAAGCUUGUGUGACAUGUGUGAUUAAUUAUGAUAAACUACUAGUUUAAGAUUGCAUAAUCCCAAUGUCUUGAUGUUGUUUUGUAUUUUAGGGGGUGUUCAUCUUCCUCCUGUGCAUUAUGAAUGUGAAGAAUUUUAAAAACAGAAUGAAGCGACCACUGAGUAUAUUAAAAAAAGAAAAGUUGUCCAGCAUCUCAUUAGGCAGACUUAUCGUGAAAUGAACACAACUACUCAUAAUUUUUAUCGUUUGGAUAUAACAGUAGGAGUGCAUAGUUCACUUUCUCCUUUAAUUAUCCUUCGGGAUGUAUAACCAUCUUCCUUCAAUCUUAGUACAGAAUGAUAUCAGUGCAUUCAAGGCAAUGGUGUUCCACAUUGAGCAAUGUUGGGGUGAAACGCCAACACAGAAAACAAGGAUAAGGAGGAAACACAGGAAACCUGAAAUCAGGUUACCUUGGUCAAACUUCUCAAGUGUCAAUCUUCCAGGGUUAAUGCAAAUUUUUCCUACUGCUCACAAUCAGAUAUAACUCAAGAUAAAAAUCAUGAGGGUCCUAAAAUUAAAUAAAAGUACAUUAAAAAAAUAAUUAAAAAAUCAUAUUGUUGGGACAAGUUUGGAGGGAUAUGGACCAAAUGGUGGCAGUGUGGGACUAGUGUAGCUGGGGCACGUUGGCCGGCGUGGGCAAGUUGGGCCGAAGACUCUUUGAGUCUAUUAUUUUAUUUUUGAUUGGAAAAAUAUUUUUGUUUGGUGUGAGGUGGAAAGUGCAAGUGAAUAUGAAAGAGAGAUGUCCCUGGGGUAUCUGAUGGUGCAUUGGCUGGAAGCAUGUCAUCAGUUGAGCAGGUCUACAGAUAUAAAGUCAAUCGCAGUCCCGAACCCAGCCUUCUGGGCCAGUCCCACUUAGGCAACUUUUUAGGCGAGUGCACGAGACUCUGCCACAUGAUCGUCACAUGGUCACCACAUGUUCGCUGGUGAGUCUCCGCAGUCUGGGAACUAGUCAGUAUGGUCGCCGCAAAUUUUUCAACAUGGAGAAAAUCGAUAAUCCUGUAGUCGUAGGUGCAGUUGUAGUGGGGUCGCCUUGUAGUUAUAGAUAGUCGAGGUAAUCAUAGGUAGUUUUAGUUAAUCGCCUUUUCAUUGGCUCAUUGGGGGAAAAAAACAUAAGCUGGAGUUUUCACAACCACGGAUAACCGACCGUAAAUGUUAAAUGCCCGCCGAACUUCACAGCUGUGUAUCUCUGGAUUAUUAAAUGUUGGCUGGCUUCUUAAAAGUGUCUCCCCCUCUUAUCCACCCUCUUCUCCACCCUCUUUGAAAGGACUCACCGUACACUGUGCUAACCAUCUUAACCUUCCUGUUCAUCGCGGUGUGUGCCUGUAUCACCUUGGCUUUACACAGUGUGAAUUUCAGACAGCGCUCCCCCCGUUUGCCCUGGCCCCCGCCUUUGCAAUGUGUGUGCGUGUGCAUGUGCGUGUG